AUGCGUGACUUCGUCCUGCAAAAGUGCAAUCGUGCAUUCUUGGAUAUUUUCUGGGAUAUCAGCGAUACAGAUGAAGCUAAAAGAACUGCUGCUAUUAAAAACCUAAAUAAAUAUUUGUUAUCUACAAAACAUGACUUACAAACCCAUGUUACAUACGCUCUAGAUAGGCUCUCAAAGGGCCUCAGGUCAUCUCCUACUCCGGAAUCUGGUUGCUCAAUAGCUUUAAUAUCAAUUCUCAAGCAUAACAAGAUGAUAUCUAAAGAAUUGAUUUUAACUGCUUUUGAUAGGCACGUUUAUUCCUAUAAUGCUGUCGAUGCAAAGGAAAGAUCAAUCACUAAUAGGGCUAAGAUUCUUUGUUUGUAUGUCUUGGCCGAAUCCGGUAGGCUAUCCGAUCUAGCUGCUGAUGAGCAUAAAAAGAUUGCUACCAGUUUAAAAUCCCUACUAAAUUUAGAACGCUGUCUUCUCUUUAUGGAAGACGUUCUUUCUCGAGUGAUUCCAGAAAUGAAUCCGAAGCUUGUUGGCAUAUAUGGUGAUUUGAUUUCCCACAUAUGGGAUCUUGCUUGGCAAUCAAAAGAACCUAGUGCCUCCGAAAUUAUCUUCAUUCUACGGCUUCAAAAUUGUUCUGAAGCUUUAAAGACGGUUAACACGAAAAUGCGGUUUGAUGUGAACGAUAAAUCAAUGAUCAAACGGGUUGUGAAUGCGGUAAAUAAUUGUCUCCCCUCAUCGGCGUUUGACAAAGCUGCUGAGUUGAUUUCUGCAUUCCAGCAUUCUUCCAUUUUCGAUAAAUUAUGGACAAGAAUUUCAGCUCCAAUCGAUCAUACCGAUUCUCCAAUUGCUCAAAGGAUUCAGAUUCUAAAAGUGGCAUUAGCGCUCUUAUCAAAACUUCAAGCUGAGGAGCAGUUGGAAAUAAUCCUUUCAUUUAACACAUUAACUUUCCUACGGAAGCAAUUGUCCAGUUCGAAACUCUCUAGCCACGAAGAUGUUUGUAGCUUGUUGAAUAAUCAGAUUUCGGCGUUGAAAACUUCGGCAACUGAAGGUCCUGAUGCAAAAAGUGUCAAUAAGGUUGAAACUAAAAUUGCAGUUAAAAAAGCAGCAAGUCUGUUCAAAGUAAUUUUCGCAAAAAUUCCGCUAUUUGAUAUCAAUGCUGCACCCAGGGCCCCGCAUCUUUUAUCGAGCUUACUCGAUAUUGCUUCGUCUGAACUUUCUGACGAAUAUCUGAAGAAUUCGUCAAGAAAUUUGCAAAGGAUGUUCCUGCAUGUUAAAGAGGAUUCUGAAAAUGUCCUCGCCAUCGAUAGACAACGUCUUCACAUUUUGGAUUUGCUUCGUCAGUUCGUCUUCUGUCUCACUUCUCGUCCAUCAUUCUUUGAUAAUAUCGAAUUUCUAUGCGAGUCCAUGGACUUCUUCCUUCUGGUUGCUAAUAGCAAUGCCAUGCCUCUAGAUUCCUCUUCACCAAAGGUUACCUCGGCAGUUUCUGGUUUAGCUUUGACACAUCUUGGCCGAUGCUUAACCUUACUCUUGCGCAAAGUGCCCUUAAAGUCGGAGAUUAGGGAGGAUUCUCGUCACGCAAAGACGUGUAAACAGGGUUUGGAAAUACUGAAUCGAUGCAUUAAGCACCUUAUAGGAACCGACUUGAAGAUCUGUUCUGAGAGGUUUGGCAGUGAAGACUCAGUGAAUCCCCUGGUGCAACGCUUGGAGAUCGCAGCAAAGAUGCUUGAGGAAGAUGAAUUAGGUUCAGUUGGGCAUUGGAUUGGUCUUCUUUAUGCUACAACUACUGUCUAUGCUCUGACUCUUCACACUGAUCCAUCCUCCCUAAAAGAGGAUUCUCUCUUGGAACUUCUUGACGAUAUUUUCCAAGCUCAUCGCCAUCGUGCUCUCGCCUCCAACGCUAUGGAAACCGACGACGAGCAACAGGAUUCGCCUGAAUGGUCUUCUGUCCUCACUGAUGCGAUGCUCAGUCUCUGUGUUGAACCCUGGAGACUUCUUCGAGAUGUGGUGAGUGCCACUUUCGGAAGAAUGGUGGCUCGAAAAGAGAUUAGCAUCCAGCCGACAUUUGAUGUUCCCCUCGAAGUUUUCUUUGGACUAAAGAAGGCGGAGGAGAAGGAGGUGGAAGAGACGAAACCAGUGUACCCUUUGCAGCUCAUUUUGAGCAUUGCUGACAGUAAGUCAAAAGCAGCAGAGCAGAGAAUCGGCGUUGCUGGCGAGGAAGAGGAAAGCGAUGAAGAGAGCGAAUUUGAUGAAGAUGAUGAAGAACAUGAUCAUGAUGAUAACAAGCUAGAAGAGGAUAUCGGGGGUUUCGCUGAAUUGAGUGACGCGGAGGAUUUGCCAGAAGUGGAGGACGAAGACGACAUCAGAGCUGAAGAGGUUUCGGAUGAAGAAGAGGAGUUCCUCACGAAUGAACAAAUUGAGAAGCAGGACGAAGCCCUUGUCGCUUUAUUCAAAGCAACCAGAGCCUCACGCAUGGACGCCAAAAUACGAAAGGAAACCAUCGCUCUAUUGAAAUUAAGGUCCCUUGAUUUUCUCGAAAACCUACUCCUCUAUUCUUCUGAUGCUAGACUUUUCUUGCCUACACUCCAUAUUGUUCUCCAAUUGGCUGUUACCUCAUCUCGAAAGGCCAUUCGUGCUCAAAGUAAAGGUGGUUAUGUUCCAUUGGCUCGAAUUGUUUCAAUCUUCGAAAACUUGAAUUCAAGGACAAUAGCAUUCAAUGAAGCUCUUUGUAAAUCUAUCAGCCAAUCAGAUGACGGUUUGUUGCCAGUCUGUCUCGAGGCCAUCUUUACUAUUUUCAAAAAUGCUAUCCCUGACGACCGAAUGAUGAAAUGCCUUCAGACCACUUGUGACUUCCUGCAAUUCAAAAAGGUGACAGACCAAAAAUGCUCGAAAGUUCUAAUGAAAUAUUUGGAGGAAUUUCUUGUUGAAUUCUUGUCCAAGACGCGUCCUAGCAGAGCACAUCAACAAUUGUUGAUUCGUUUGAUCAGCUCUUCACCUGUUAUGGCUACAUCUGCAAAGAGCAUAAUUCUCCAACGUCUUAAGUCUCCAGACUCAGAAUCUCAAGCGGAAUCUUCCUUAAUUUAUUCAAAAACAACUCUUUUGAAUCUUGCAAAUUCAGUAACUAAGGCAUUGGCUGGUGCAAAAUCGUCAGCUCUUUCUGAUUGGACACUUGAGUUGUCCCGAACUCUGAUUGGAUUGUUUAUUAAUUCUUUGUCUGCCAAUGCUUUGAUGAAAUCGAAGGACUUUGUUUCAGCAGUUUUCAACUCCCUCUUUUCGUGUUUCAAAUCAAACAAGACGGUGUUUGAUUAUCUAACUUCUGAUGAAAUCGCGGCAGUUCUUUCAGUAGACAGGUCAGAGAUCCCCAAAUCUACGCGCGCUAAUCAUUCACGUCUUGUUCAGCUCAUGCAUUCUCUCCGUAACUCUUCCGGAAACCUUUCGUCUGUAUUGGACGCACUUGGAUCUAGGAAGAAGCAGCAGAAGUUGGAAGCCAAGCAGGCGCGUAGACAGAAGCGUAAAGCAAAGGCGUUAGAGAACGCUGAAAGGAGGAAGAAGGCAAAAAUGGAAGUGGAUGUUUAG